UUGUGGUGCCGUUUGCUAUGUUGGCUGGUUUGUGUUUGACCAAACCCCCUUUCUUUAUCUCCCUCUGUGCGUGUUUGCACGGGGCUUAUCUUGUUCGUCCGGUAACUACGGAGGGAGCAGGCCUAAUCACGAGUUGAUUUCGGAAGCCUUGAAUUGCACGUCGCUCCCUCUUCUCCGAAUUUUGGGUGCAUGUAGACUCAAAUUCCCCCAGUCACGCAUGCAGUGACAGCAUCGGGUGAUCUGGUGAAGAAGGAGUCGUGCGCUCCCAGCGACUCCUGCCGACGAAGGAGAGCGUUGCGCCACUCCCAGCACGCUAUGGCCGCCGCAUCACUUAGCCGGAGCGACAUGAGAUAGCGACUUAUAAUCGUUAGCAACGGUCACUGUCUCAUUGUUCGACGCAGAGCAGCCACGCGAGGUGUCUUCAGCGUAGUAUUCGUGCGGGAAUAGUUGAGUUGGUUUCGCUCCUACCUCUGUGUGAUUGACCCGCAAGUCCGGGAUCCUAACCGGCACCGACCAACAUGGGGUCUAAGGAACUGCAGGUGUUCACGACAAAGGCGCACAUCUUUUCUCUGGACAAACGCACCAAGAAGGACUGGAAACCAUUGUCGGCCAAUCAAGCUGUUCCGCUCAUUAUUUAUCACAAUGAGGAGACGGGUGUUUUCAGACUCAUCUCUUUCACCGGUGACCAGACGGUUCUCAUCAACUGCACUAUGGAUGCAAGCAUGAAGUUUAUACGACCGUCGUCCAAGUUCUGUCAGUUCCUAGACACGACAGCGCGUAAGACCUACGGCCUCGGAUUCAGCAGCUCUGCAGAGCAGACCAAGUUCAAGGAGCAGUUUGAAUCGGUUGUCGAGACCCUGGCUGCACAAGGUCGGCAGGACAAGGAGAGUGAGCACAGCGAUGGUGGUGGCGUGGCCGACACUUCGGAGAAGGCUGCUUUGGUGAACUCCUCCGGUCGUCCAGAGAGCCCAGCGUCAUCACCUCCCGUGCACAGCAAGCAGAACUCCCACGACGCUAUGGCUGCUCCAGUUCCGGCGUCGCACGACAGCAAGACGACCACCCCGGCCGGAACGGCACCCGUCUCACCCACCACAGAGGAGCAACCGCCGCUGGUCCUCGCCGCUGUUACAGCCAUCCCGGAUACCGGACCCACUACUGCCAAACAAGCCGUUCAGGAUGGGUAUGGCAACGAGACAGUUCCGGCAGUGACUAUCGCAUCGCCAGCACCGAUCGAGAACGCACAGAGCUUCAACGGCAGCAGCGGCAAUACUGACGUCCCUCCGAGCCCCACCAGGAAACACCACGACAACGCACCCCGUCGCGAACGUCCCGGCUCUGGGUCGGGCAGAAGGACCGGCGGCAAUCUACUGACUAAGCUGUUGAGCGGCGGAGGUUCUGGUCGUGACGUCAGGGACGAAGGUAGCGAAGGAGAGACACUGCCCGCAGGGAGCACUCAAUCAAAGCUGGAGUCGAGCGGUGACCACGGACCCCGUUCCGUUGUCUCACCCACGGAGAUCAACGUCAAAGCAGGAGCACUGUAUAGAAGAGAGAACAAUGCUCGCGAUGACAGCCCGCAGCGCACCACGCAGCGCCGUCCGUCCAUAUCCGGCCCUUCUGCACCGGAUGCGUCCGACCAGCUUGCUCAGCUCAAGAAGGAGAAUGAUCAGCUGAAGAUCGCCUUGGCAACCAGCUCAUCGCGUGCUAACCAGUGGGAGACAGAGCUGCAGAAACUGAAACACAACAAUGUACGGUUGCUGACUACGCUGCAGGAGAGCCAGAGCAACGUUGAUGAGUGGAAGAAACAGCUGACACUCUACAAGGAUGACAACGCUAGCAUGAAGCAUAGGUUGAAGGAAAGGGAACUGGCGACCCAUCUGGUGACGCAGCUGCAGCAAGAAGCCAACGAAUGGGAGAAGACAAAGAGGCAACUCACAGAGGACCUUGCAGAUACCAGAACCAGGCUGGACAAGAAGGAGCAGGAAUGUGAAAGCUUGACCAACGACCUGGAGACCAUGUCCAUGCUAGCGCCCAAGCUACAAGCAGCCAAUGACAGAUGCAAGGAGCUGGGCAGUGCCAAAGCAGAGCUGACCGAGAAGCUGGCUGAAGUGCAAGACCAGCUUCGGCUAGCUCGCACGGCCAGCGCUAUACGACUGGAACGCCUCACGGAGCAGCACAGGUUACUCGGCGGGACACUGCUGGAGAUGAAUCAACUGCACUCCCAGAUGGAGCAGGACCUGCAGUAGAGCCAGCGCCAACACCCGCUCCAGCUAGCACAGCGUGCUCUCUUGCUGUGGCCACCCGGUGCUAGGUAACUUAUGGACACUGGUGAGUCAUGAAUGACAUCGUCAUCACAGUGGAGGCACUCAUUAUUCAGUGUGUUCUAUCAGCCAUGACAUCAUCCAUCCCCCAUGAUGACCACCCUGUGCUAACUAACUACUUAUGGACACUGGUGAAUCAUGAAUGACAUCGCCAUCACAGUGGAGUCACUCAUUAUUCAGUGUGUUCUGACAGCCAUGACAUCAUCCACGAUGUCAUGGCUGCAGUCAAUAUUAACAGUGGCAAAGCAGGAUCGCCAAUGAUGUCAUUGGCUGGCUGCCUAGCAUGUUUAUGCAUGUGCUGUGCUGUGAACCUGUACAUGUAAGUCGUUACAGUGGUUGCAGCACCUUGAUUCUUGAUAACACUAAUACCCUUGUCAUAUUGGACAAGAUCAGAAAACACUACAUCACUGUGGCAUAGGAUUAUGUCAUGAUGAUGUAAUAUCACUACCAGCACGUGCAUUUAAAAAAAGGAUAGACUAUGCCCUCUG